GCACAAAACCAGAGGCAACAAACUCUACAGAAAGAAGACAAACAAAGCGCACGCACUUGGCAUCUCGCCGGCCAUGGGGCCGGAAGAUUCACCGGCCGCUGCGGAGAGCUACUCCAAGGUCCUGCAGGGCCGGUACGAGCUUGGCCGCGUGCUCGGCCGGGGUGGAUCGUCCAAAGUCUACCGCGCGCGCGACAUCCGCACCGGCGUCUCCGUCGCCGUCAAGGCCGUCCGGAAGCCGCACCACCCGUGCUCUCCCGAGAAGGCCGCCGCGGCGCGCCGAUCCGUGGAGCGGGAGCUCGCCGCGCUCCGCCGCGUGCAGGGCCACCCGCACGUCAUGCGCCUCCUGGACGUCCUGGCAUCCCGCUCCACCGUCUACCUCGUGCUCGAGCUCGCCCGCGGCGGCACCCUCCUGUCCGCGAUGGACGAACGGGGCCGUUUCGACGAGCCCACGGCGCGCCGCCUGUUCGUCCAGCUCGUCUCCGCGCUGGCGCACGUGCACUCUCGUGGGGUGUUCCACCGCGACGUGAAGCCGGAGAACCUGCUGCUGGACGAGCACGGCGACCUGAAGCUCACGGACUUCGGGCUGUGCGUCCUCGCCGACCGGCAUCUCGGCGCCGACGUGCUCGCGGCCACGCGCUGCGGGUCCCCGGCCUACGUCGCGCCGGAGAUCCUGUACAAGAAGCGGUACGACGCCGGCGGAGUGGACGUGUGGUCCUCGGGCGUGGCGCUCUUCUCGCUCACGGCCGGCUACCUGCCGUUCAACGACGGCAACCUCAUGGGCAUGUACCGCAAGAUCUUCUCCGGCAGAUUUCGGUGCCCCAGGUGGUUCUCGCCGGAGCUGCGCAGUCUCAUCGGCCGGAUGCUGGACCCAGACGCCGACACGCGCAUCAAGAUAGGUGAGAUCAUGGAGCACCCUUGGGUACAACAAGAUGGGACGUCGUCGUUUGACAUCAUCCGAGCUCCUUCCUCUGAUCCUAGCCCGGAGGUGAUGAAAUGGGAGGCGGAAAUGGAGCAAGUAAGGGAGCUGAACGCGUUCGACAUAAUCGCGUUGGCGUCGGGAUGCGAUCUGAGCGGGUUGUUUGGGCCAUUGCCGGACCGGGUUCGGUUUGCUGUAGAAGGUGUGGACAUUGGGUUGGUGCUGGAUAAGGCUGAGGAGAUUGGGCGCGAGGAGGGGUUUGCCAUGAGGAGGAAGGAAGAAGUAGGGUGUGGUGGGAUCAUGUUUGAGGCGAUCCAAAGGGAGAUAAUCGCCCUGGUGAGGGUUAGUCGAUUGUUAGAGGAAAUGGUGAUGGUUGAGGUGGAAAGAGCUAGCUCAUGUGAGGCACCUGAACUGUGGGAGAGGCUUCAGCUAGGUCUUAAAUUCUCAAAUAAUUGAAUAUAUAAACUUCCAACCCAAUGUAAGUAUAUAUAUUCAUCAGAAAAAUGAGCGAUGGAAGUGCA